AUGGCCCAGCCCCUGUUAUGCGGGGCCGUGCUGUUCCCGGGGCUCUUCUACGGCCUGAGAAGAGCCCUUAGCCGCGGCUUCAGCCGGUGGAGCGAGGCAGAUGUGGUGUGCGUCAGUGAGAGGCUGGUCUCUGCCCUCCACGCAUCUUUGGCCACAGCUGCCGGGUUCCGGGUCGUGUCCUCAUGCAGUGACGUCAUGAACGACAGCCACUGGCUGGUCAACGCCUUCGUCCUGUUCGGGGCUCCCUACAUGGCCUUCGACGUCUGGGCCAUGUACCUGAGCCACCACCACGCCCAGAGAGCCAGGGGGGGUCCCACCAGCCACGGCCUCCGGUCGCUGGGGGCUUUCCUCAGCCGGGAGUGGAUGCUGGUGCUCCACCACGCGGCCCUGCUCUUCGUUUUCAUGCCCAUCACGUUGGAGUUUGGUGAGGGCUGCCAGCUGAACAGUGUGAAUGGUGUUUUGCAGUUCUUCAGGAGAGGCCUGGGGGACUUCUUCAUCGGCUGCCUCUUCAUCACAGAGUUCAGUACUCCCUUCGUCUCCAUAGGGAAGAUUCUGAUUCAGCUGCAGCUGGACCACACCCUGCUGCACAGGGUCAACGGCGUCCUGGUGCUCCUGACCUUCUUCACCUGUCGCAUCCUGCUCUUCCCAUUCAUGUACUGGAUGUACGGCCGGCAGUUCGGGAUCCCCGCCCACCGGGUGGCCUUCCACCUGCCCCUCCACUGCAACCUGGGGAACCUGCUGAUCCUGGCCCCGCAGCUCUACUGGUUCGUCCUGCUGCUGAGGAAGGCCAACAGACUCUACCUGAGACGGAGAGGGCAGGCGGGAGUCGGACCAAAAAGCCCCCCCACUUCCCCGAACCAUAAGAGCCAAUGA